GCAACUCUCUUCAUCACCUCUUUCCCCCUCCACAUCUUCUCCUUAUCCCUAACCUUUCUCCUCUGUGUUUUCAUUCUCGUCACAAAAAUAUCCCUUUUUUCCAUAUCUUUCUUCUCCAUCUCCAGGUACAACUCUUCUGCCUUUCCGACCACCUUAAAAAGACAGCCCCUUGACAGAUCUCCGACUUGCCCGAGAAAAAAAAAUUGGGUUUUUGGAUGAUCGGGAAUCCAUGACUCCGGUCCUCUGUGAAAUCCUCCUCUCUGGUUUUAUGGUAGAUUCAGCUCUCCGCCGUAGAACUCACCUCGUCCAGUCCUUCUCCGUCGUAUUCCUCUACUGGUUCUACAACGUUUCAUGAACACCCUAUAAACCCUAAUUCCUUUUGCUUAAACCAGAGACCUACCUGCAGUUAAAUCUACUUAAUAACAUACCAUUUUUUUUAGAAACAGCGAAAAAGGAGAAAACUUUCCAUCUGGGUUUUGUACAUUUUCAAUUUUUUUGUAAGAUUUUCGAGGGUUUGUAUUCACAUCGUACAUGGCGUCGUCUAGUAGCACGUACCGGAGCUCGAGCCCAAUCUCCGGCGGAUCUCCUUCUUCCGCCGCCGUCGUGGACGAGAGGAAGAGGAAGAGAAUGCUGUCGAAUAGGGAAUCGGCGAGAAGAUCACGGAUGAGGAAGCAGAAGCAUCUGGACGAUCUGACGGCUCAGAUCGACCAGCUGAAGGACGAGAACCGUCAGAUCGCGACGAGCCUCACCGUCACGACUCAGCUCUACAUGAAGAUUCAGGCGGAGAACUCCGUUCUCAAUGCUCAGCUGUCGGAGCUCAGCUCGAGGCUUCAGUCUCUCAACGACAUCAUCGGAUUCGUGUCGGCGAGCUCGAAUUCGGCCACUUCCGGCGAGAUAGACGGCUGUGGUUUCGAUGAUCGGACGGUGGGGAUUAACGACGGAUUCUACAACGACGACGGCGGCAUGUUUAGUGUGGUGAAUCCUUGGGGUGGAUCCGUUUACGCCAACCAACCCAUCAUGGCUAAUGAUAUCAUUAUGUAUUAAUUAAUCAAUUAGUCUCUUUAUCCUUUUUUUUUAAUUUUUUUUAGUCUACUUUUUUUUUGUCUUUGUGUGUUGUGAAGAUGUAAAUUACAUUGCAUCUUUGAUUGGUUAGGAGAUGAAAAAUAUGAAAUAGAAUGAGUAUUUGAGUCAAUGGGUUUGUAAUGGUUGGUUGGUGCUUGUCGUUAUGAAUGUUAUUAUUAUUGUUGUUGUUAUUAUCAUCA